AUGGCGGAGCCAAUGAAAAGAAAUCUCUCAACCCAAACAGAUGUCUCAACAACUUCCCUUGAUUCACGUACGAGUCAUGGGUGGAUGGAUCCAAAGGCGUAUUCAACGCCAUUUGACCAAAUCGCAGUGGGAGACAUAAUAAUAUCAAAGACACGUGGCUUGGUAGAACAUAAUAAGAGAAUUAAUUUCAAAGUCACUUAUACAGGCGGAAAUGCUGACGAAAUCGAACAUAAGCAUGUUGUAGUAGAAAAGGACGAAGGAAGACAGACCCUCAAGACGGUCAUGCUGACCAGCUUUGCUUGCUGUCAACGCCAUGAUGACGUGAGGAACAGACCUGCUUUGAAAAACUUACCCACAGAAGAAGUAAUUAGGCGUCUUGACCCAUUUCGUCCCCUGAUUGAAGAGCAUCACAAAGACAAAGGAGGCCCGACUUUUCACAACUAUGAUCUGAAGUUGGAAUACGAGGAUGGCUCUAAGACGUUGGAAUACGCGCAUUGGGCCAAUAUCACAAUACUGUUUGUAAUCCAACCGUACAACGGACCUGUGAACGCUCGCUACAAAAUUUUUCCUGGUGAGUUUGCGCGUGUAAGCGAUGUUAGGAUCAAAUCAACAAAACGGCUCAAGGCAUUUGUAAAAGAAAAGAUGAAGGAAUACCGAGAAUCCGAGCUGAGCGGCAUCACUCCAGGUGCCAUUACCGAAGAGAAAUACCCGAGUCUUAAGCCUAGUGAGAGCCAGACCCCAGCUUCAGGGAUAGUCACACCUGCACCCCAGUCUACGACCCCACGGACCUGGUCGGUCGUUGCUAGCAAGGGUCCUGAUUCUACUUUAACUGAAGCUGAUCAACUUUCACAGCGCAUUAGCAAGUUGAUGGAUGCGAGCGGUGAUGUCCUGGGAACUGAGGACCCUAGCCGUGUAGCGAAUCAGAGGAAACAGCGCUAUGCAAAGACAUCUGCUCAAGGUAGAAGUAGUCCCCAUAAGCGAGAAUCCACAGAUCCUCGAACGUCUUCUGGUCCUGGACACAGGGAAAGUGUAAGUUCAGGCAUUCCAGGUGGAAAUUCUUGGGCGAAAAUUGCCAGCUUCGACGAUAGCAAAAAGAGGAAUACAGUCAUUAGUGGCAGUAUUUUAGAAGAUCCGAAAGGCAUGACCAAAGAACCCGAAACUAUCCCUGGAGACACCUCAGCACCUUCUCCUAGAGGAACCUUCCCUCGAGGACAUGGCCGCGCCAGUUAUGCUAGUAUGGCUAACAGGGGACGUGACGGACGUCACAGUAGUACUAGCUCUAUGAAAGAAAGUAGUGCCUCUAUUGGAGAAGGUGCUGGUAACCAAGGAGAUCGUGGUCAUGCGUCGAGAAGCGAUACUCAGGACGAGGUAAAGAAAGAAGAAGACGAAUGGCAUACCGUUUCCCGCAAAAAUUCUAAUACUAGCAGUGGUCGCGCAAGAGGUCAAGAAGGUCGCCAAAGAAGGGGCACCAAACAUGGAGGAAGGGCUGGUGGAGGUGGCGAAGGUAAGAGAGGCAAUAGAGGCGGUCGUGGUAGUGACGGAAGAGGUACGGGCAGAGGAAAGGCUGGUCGAGGUUCAAGAAACUCAAGAGGAUCAUCCAGUCAAUAUUGA